AUGAGCCUCAGUGAGGAACAGGUACGCAGCUUCCUGGAUGGGAACCCCACCUUUGCCCACCAAUACUUUGGGAAGAAGUUGAGCCCCGAAAAUGUGGCAGGGGCCUGUGAAGAUGGUCGGCUGGCGGACUGUGGCAGCCUACGAGAGCUGUGCCAGGUGGAAGAGAGUGCAGCACUGUUUGAACUGGUGCAGGACAUGCAGGAGAGUGUCAAUAUGGAACGUGUGGUCUUCAAGGUCCUGCGGCGUCUCUGCACCAUUCUGCACGCCGACCGCUGCAGCCUCUUUAUGUACCGCCAGCGCAACGGCAUAGCUGAACUUGCUACGCGGCUCUUCAGCGUGCAGCCUGACAGCGUCCUGGAGGAUUGCCUGGUGCCCCCUGACUCUGAGAUUGUCUUCCCACUGGACAUUGGGAUUGUGGGCCAUGUGGCUCAGACCAAGAAGAUGAUAAACGUGCAGGAUGUGUCAGAGUGUCCCCACUUCAGCUCAUUCGCUGACGAGCUCACCGACUACGUGACAAAGAACAUUCUGUCCACACCAAUCAUGAAUGGCAAAGAUGUCGUGGCUGUGAUCAUGGCAGUGAAUAAACUGGAUGGCCCAUGCUUCACAAGUGAGGAUGAGGAUGUUUUCACAAAGUACCUGAAUUUUGCUACAUUAAACCUGAAGAUCUAUCACCUCAGCUACCUCCACAACUGUGAGACACGCAGAGGCCAGGUGCUUCUCUGGUCUGCGAAUAAGGUAUUUGAAGAGCUGACAGACAUCGAAAGACAGUUCCACAAGGCCUUCUACACUGUCCGGGCCUAUCUAAACUGCGACCGGUACUCAGUGGGCCUCCUGGACAUGACCAAGGAGAAGGAAUUCUUUGAUGUGUGGCCUGUGCUGAUGGGAGAAGCCCAGCCAUACUCAGGCCCACGAACACCCGAUGGACGGGAAAUUGUUUUCUACAAAGUCAUCGAUUAUAUCCUCCAUGGCAAAGAAGACAUCAAAGUCAUUCCCACACCCCCAGCUGAUCACUGGGCCCUGGCCAGUGGCCUUCCAACCUAUGUGGCAGAAAGUGGCUUUAUCUGUAACAUCAUGAAUGCUUCAGCUGAUGAAAUGUUCAACUUUCAGGAGGGGCCCCUGGAUGAUUCAGGAUGGAUGAUCAAGAAUGUUCUCUCCAUGCCCAUUGUCAACAAGAAGGAGGAGAUUGUAGGGGUGGCAACCUUCUACAACAGGAAAGAUGGAAAGCCUUUUGAUGACCAAGAUGAAGUCCUUAUGGAGUCUCUGACACAGUUCCUGGGAUGGUCAGUGCUGAACACAGACACCUAUGACAAGAUGAACAAGCUGGAGAACCGUAAGGACAUUGCCCAGGACAUGGUUCUGUACCAUGUGAGAUGUGACAAAGAUGAAAUCCAGGAAAUCUUGCCAACAAGGGAUCGCCUUGGGAAAGAGCCUGCUGACUGCGAGGAAGAUGAGCUGGGGCAAAUCUUGAAGGAAGAACUUCCAGGACCUACCAAGUUUGACAUCUAUGAGUUCCACUUCUCUGAUCUGGAGUGUACAGAGCUGGAGCUCGUCAAAUGUGGCAUCCAGAUGUACUAUGAGCUGGGUGUAGUCCGAAAGUUUCAGAUUCCCCAGGAGGUCCUGGUACGCUUUCUAUUCUCUGUCAGCAAAGCCUAUCGAAGAAUCACCUACCACAACUGGAGACAUGGCUUCAAUGUAGCCCAGACCAUGUUUACGCUACUCAUGACAGGCAAACUGAAGAGCUAUUACACAGACCUGGAGGCCUUCGCCAUGGUUACAGCUGGCCUGUGCCACGACAUCGACCACCGUGGCACCAACAACCUGUACCAGAUGAAAUCCCAGAAUCCUCUAGCCAAGUUACAUGGCUCCUCAAUUCUGGAAAGGCACCACUUGGAAUUUGGGAAGUUUCUGUUGGCAGAGGAGAGCCUGAACAUCUACCAGAACCUGAACCGGCGGCAGCAUGAGCAUGUGAUCCACCUCAUGGACAUUGCCAUCAUUGCCACUGACCUGGCCCUCUACUUCAAGAAGAGAACAAUGUUCCAGAAGAUUGUGGAUGAGUCUAAGAACUACGAAGAUAAGAAGAGUUGGGUUGAGUAUUUAUCCUUAGAGACCACACGAAAGGAGAUAGUCAUGGCCAUGAUGAUGACCGCAUGUGAUCUGUCUGCUAUCACCAAGCCCUGGGAAGUCCAGAGCAAGGUUGCUCUUCUGGUGGCUGCUGAAUUCUGGGAACAAGGAGACUUGGAGAGGACUGUCUUGGAUCAACAGCCCAUUCCCAUGAUGGACCGGAACAAAGCAGCUGAGCUCCCCAAGCUGCAAGUUGGCUUCAUCGACUUUGUAUGUACGUUUGUGUACAAGGAAUUUUCUCGAUUUCAUGAAGAGAUUCUGCCCAUGUUUGACCGACUACAAAAUAAUAGAAAGGAGUGGAAAGCACUAGCUGAUGAAUAUGAGGCCAAAGUCAAGGCCCUGGAGGAAGAAAAGAAGAAAGAAGAAGAGAGAGUGGCAGCCAAGAAAGUGGGCACAGAGAUUUGCAAUGGUGGUCCAGCACCCAAGUCCUCGACCUGCUGUAUCCUAUAA